CCAAUUGUGAAAUACAAUAGAUCGUACUUCUUAAAAUACCAGUCUGGCUGCCUAUCGAUAAGGUCACGCCUUGUAAAAGAAAACAUCAAAGCUACAUUAGCGCCUUUCGAAGCGAGGUGUUAUGCACCAAAUCCGUCCUUGAACUUCAAUAUCCUCCCUCUCCAUCUAUCACACUACCUCGAAAUCACCACCUCUAUUGUACAAUUUCCACUUAUUCGAAAGGAUUUUGUUCCAAUUAGGACAAGAUGAAGGGCUUCAACGGUCAGUUGCACCGGCAACAGCCUAGAGGCCAUCCCAAGGCGCUGGUAGACUCGCUGCGUGAUUCUCCGCGUCUUGAUAUCCCUUCGAUACCUCCAAUUCCUGUCGAUCUAUCACCUUCAAUCCCCAAAAGUCGAUUCUACUCCCAUCCAUACGUCAACUCGCGCGUGCAUUCUUCAUAUGAAGACGACGACCAACCUCCUCGUCGUGCACGUCUGUACUCUUCAUCUGAAGACGACGAUCUACCUGCUCGACCUACACGUUCCCGCAACAAGGUGAUCUCCAAGCGUCCUCUUGUGGCACUCGCUCGUUCUCCUUCGCCCCCAAGAAAUCGAAAUCAGCUCAUACAACGAGACUGCGACUUCCUCGACUUUCAGAAGCUCUUCUGGGUGCUUGAUCUUGACGGUACGACAUCAUCUUCCAGCGAAAUAUCCACCCACACCUGCAACAAGAUGCCGAUGCGAAUUUUCCAGCUUGCGACUAACUUUGCAAUAGCAAACCGCAGAUUUCAGUUGUUCGUCAUACCUGAUGAGAUGUAUCAUCCCUGGACGGAUGAGUCUCGGGCGAUUCGUCAAAUCAGCAAUGCUGAGACCAAUCCGCACUUCAUGGAGAACAAGCCUGCCUUAGCGGUUCCAAGGGAGCCAAAGAUGAUCGAGAAGAACCUUGAGGAGGCAUUUGGAGAUGAGCCUACAGGUGACAAGCCCAAAACUCGCGACCUAGGACUCUUCUCAGUCUACAGCUACAAGCUCGUUACAGAGCAAAUUUUGCAGACCCAGCUGGCUAUUGAAAAGAGUCAGCAAGCUGCAGUGGUCAAUAGAAGCUUUGAGAAGAUCCGUGAUCAGCCUAAAUACUGGGCAAUCGGUUGUGAUUUCACCAUCUACUCUCGUUCUGAACGUCUCGGCUUACAAAAUACGCCUAUUGUCCCAUUCAACCUGCAAGGAACCUCCAUCGCAGCUAGAAGCUUCAUCUUGGCUGAAACACUGAUGAGAAAACUCGCUUUUCUUGAGCUAUGCUCUAUCUUUGAACUCCCUCCUGUUUCGACCAGUGCCGACCUUGCCAAGAUUGCCUACGCUUUCUAUAGGGGUGAAGAGGUUCCUGAGAACGUCGAAUCUCUUCCUAACUCUCCAGAUGCCAUUCCCAAGGAAUUCCGUAUUUACGAAAAUGGUCGCAGUGACAGAGCCAAGGUCAUUGCUAGUAAGCCCCUACACGACGAGGCAUUCCAGCUGUUCCUGCAGGAUGUGUUGAUCUCGGACCACCUAGAGCAAGUCUACAACGAGAAGAGAUCAACAAUGAGUGGUAAUCUGCGCGUGUGUCGUCACUCAAGUUAUGCGGACACCAAGGAGAAGCUGAGAGCUCACGAGCGAAGUACUGGCAAGAGAGGUACUCAACAAGCCCCCAGAGACCGCGAGAAGCGCCAGGCAGUGAGACGCAAGGCUUGGUGGAACACUUAUCAUGCGAUCAUUGCAAAGGCUGAACAAGAUUUCGCCAAAGCAGAAAAGGCCAUCGAAGAUGCAGACAUCACCAUCCGUGAAGUAACAGGCUUCAGACUGGAUGGCAGUUACAGCAUGUGUCGGGAUGAUAACGAUGGCGACAGCACCACAGAGGUCGGCGAAGGCGAAACGAAUGAGCCCGUUCAGGAUUUCAGUCAUGCUCCCGAAAAAGUCGGAGAAGACUUGGGCUCCAAUACGCAACCCGCGAAGUCUCAGGCAGCCCCUGAGAAAAUCAGCAGCGCUACCAAGUCAAAGAAAUCCAAGGGCAAAGGACAGAGCAAGAAGCGCAAGACUGCUGCUGGUUCUGGAGGUGUCAAUACUUCUGCUGGAGAAUCGUCGACAAUCUUACAACCAUCAACGUCUGAUGCCACGGCUACCAACUCCAUUGAGGCCGAGAACGUCCCCGAAGUAGCUACGAACGCGGCUACACAACAACCAUCUACCGAGUUUGUUGUUGAAGUGCCCUCAAGCUCGGCUCCAUCGACUACUCAGCCUACGACUUCUGUUUCGUCUCUUGUCCCACCGGAUGGAAAGGGCAAGAAGAAUAGAAAGAAGAAGAAAGAUCAAAGUACUGACGUCUCUGAUGACACUCUUCCUGCUUCAUCUCGCAAAGUAAACGAUGUCCAGACCUCCAAGUCCACUUCAGCGGUCUCUCAAGGUCAAUCUACCAAAAACAGCGCUUCUGAUUCGGAAGAGUCUGAAAAGAAGUCAAACAAGAACCCUGCCCAAGUUUCUGUUACCCCAUGCCCUGUACUGAGUCCUGAUGCUCUCGGUAUCAGCCUACCCACGGAUGGUGAAGCUGGUGCUUGGGAGACAGUCAAGCCUCGUACUGCUCAAAAGCCCAAGGUGAACGAGUCAACUACCACUAAGGGUGGUUCAAAGGCCGUAACUUCUCUUGCCGAAGUCAGUCAUCCACGUCCCCAGCAAGGACCGAAAUUUGAUAUCCGAAUCUUCGACCCUGAUGAAUAUCCUGCCAUGCCCACGCCUGUAUCAGACAAUAGUAAGGCUCAAGGCAAGGAUACUCAUGAUUCGAAGUCUAUCUCCGUACCUGAAUUGGCGAUUUCUGCAAAGCAAGUUGCUCUCGUUACCCCUGCUGUCCCUAAUGUGGCUCAUGGCACUGUGACACCUACGCCUUUUGCUGAGGAGAUCGAUACAGACCCUGAGGAUCUGUAUGGAGCUUCUCCACCCAGAAAGACUCGUACUGCUGCGGGUUUGGAUGUUGCCAACGACGCAGCAGAGUCAACAAAGGGCAAAGACAAGUCUUCCACGAUCGUCCAAGGUGCAAUUAAGCCAGCAGUUCCAGAGUCUGUCGUACAAGCUGGCAAGGGCAAGGGCACGCCUACCAUUACUAAAGAUACCUGCCGUGUCGUCACCUCAGAGCUCAGUGCGCCAACUGAGGAGGCAUCCGUUUUUGGCACCAAUAAUACUGUCACCGGCUUUCAAAUUGACGAGCCCGUAGAUUCAAAGCCAACUGCUCCAGCUGCUACUGAAAAGAUUGCUCUUGAUUCUCAGGUCGACAAUGCAAUUCCAAAGGCCGACUCCAAGUGUUCUGUAAACAACUCAAAAGGUCAAGGAACGCCGUCUUCUACGAAUACUACGUCCAAUUGUGCUACCGCGUCAAAGGAGUGUAAAGGCAAGUCCAAGACUGCCGCCUCGUCUGACACCAAGUCCGAGGUGAACUCAGCAGCUACAGGACCCUCCAAGCAGUCCGAGGGAAAGGGCAAGGCCGAUGCAAAGCUUGGUAGUACCAAGACUCAGAUUUCUCGUACUGAAAAUUCAUCAACGCCACCUGUGGGCGUCGAAGCUGCGACUGGGGAUACCAACAAGAAGACAACUCAUAAGCUCAAACACCUCAAGGGCAAGGGAUCGAGCUCUGGUCGAGCUUCUGCGAAGGCACUAACGACCGAGUUUAAGAACCCGCCGGUCAGUGACGAAGCUGCGUCGUCCAUGUAUGUACCAAGCCGUGGUACUACUUCGCAAGGUAUCCCAGUCAAAAAGGCAUCUAUUGAGAACGUCGCACCAGCCGCUGAGGCCGUCAGCGAGGUCAACCCAGCUCUUGCCCAAGAACAGCCAGCUACUAAAAUUGCUGAGAAGCCAGACUUCAAGGACACGAGCUCAAAGUUGGCUCCAGUCCCUACCGAUCUUGCCUGGGCCGAUUUGGUGUCUCCCACCAAGCCUGGAUAUCUCAAGAAACGUCGUUGCUCUGUGGACAAUGCUAGAGAUGAUGAUAACCUUAAUGGCGUUCAGUCACCUUUUCGUCGCAGUAGCAUCUCAACCGGUCAUGCCAGUGAACAGAGAGUCAUACCCUUUGGACAGCUUCCGAUCCUUGCUGCAAGCUCAUCUACUGUUAGCGACGAUCCCUUUGUUACCGAAGGCACUGAAAAGGAACCCGAUGCUCAACAGAAGGAUCCUGACGUUUCUGUCAUUUCCUCGAGCACUGAUGAAGCUGAGCAGCGAGAUUCUCGUGCAUCUCCCGAGGUAGACGUCACUCCCCGAACCGAUUUGAUGCUCACUCCUGCUUCUCCAGAGAGCUACAAUGGUGAACCUUACCUCAAUAAAGACGGUAAUGUGGUUACAAUGUUCAGACACAAAGCCGAGACCUCCAAUCUCCCGGGUCAAAGUCAUCACCAAUGUACUCACUCUGGAUCUUUAUAUGGUAACUCAGCUGCUGUUCCCGCAUCCAAUACUAUCCAAGGUCGCUCUGGCCACAGCUCUGGUCGUUCUAGUCAAGCCAACUUCAACACUGGCCAAGGCUCUCACAGCCACCCACCACCAGCUGCCUAUGCCCCUCAGCAGACAACUGGAUACGUUGUUCACCAGGGAGGUCAACAAGGAUCGUCAAGCACUCCAUCCCUUGGAGUUGAAUUGAAGGGUAAGGGAACGGACCUGGGUACACAAGGUGGCAUGGUUAAUCAAGGUCUUUCACCAAUCCCUGAGGCUUCUGUCGGCUCUGAGGUUGAUUCAGAGGAAGAAGGUGAUCAUAAUCCUCCAACCAAGUGCACCUUCUGUGAGAAGUUCACGGUCCCCACCGCGGCAAAUCCAUUUCACUUCUGUCCACUGUGCGGUGUCAUUUCUGGCCAUCCAUUCUAUUGCUCCAAGGCUUGCCUUCUGGCGGAUUCUUGGGAUCACAGCCAGGUUUGUCGUCAUACUCCACCAUAUACCAGCAACGUGGCCACCGACUUCGGCCCCACAUACCACAUGGAAACCUUCCCGCUCAACAACCUUUACUACUUGCCGGACUCUGCAGAGAAGUACCGCCAGAAGAUUUUUGCCAUGUUCUACAAGUACGGUGACGUUCCUGAUAUCCGCGCUGCUCAUUUGAAGAAGUGGCCGGGCGUUGAUUGGACUCAAAUCUUGCCAUCAAAAGACCGCGCGAGAGUUGGAGAGUACCACGUCUUUAAGUCUCAAGCUUCUUAUACUGGUCAAAAUCUGUCCCGGUCUCAUGUCAUCUGUACUGUCAAAUUCCCUCUCAACGACGGAACUGGGUACAAGGUUAUGAUCACCCGUGCUCUGAAUGUCGCCCUGGUUACUCAUGACUUCAAUAUCAGUCACUUCCUCUACAGUAUCUUGCGCUUCGUCCUCAUGGAUCCGCUUCACUUCAACAGCUUCGGAGCCAUCGAGCCGCUCGAAGUCGUCAUGAAGGAGUUCAAGUCGCAAUUUUUCAAGGAGUUUGGUGUUAUAUUCAAAGAUGAUGAGCACCCAAUGGACGUCCAGCUCUCCUUUAAGCAGAUUGAACCUACCAUCUGGAGCUACGAGAGUCGUCUUGGUGUUCUCCAGUACUGGCACAGUGCUGUUUACACAGAAGGACGCCUACUCACUGUUGGAUUGACACCUUAAUCUUGAACUUCGCAAGGCUUUGCUUUGUUUGGUGUCCCUUCUGGAUUCUCCAAUUGGGUAACCUGGUUCUCAAAUUUCCUACGAAACGACGAUAUGCCUCUCCUUUCUUUGGCGCUAUUGGGCCCUUCCACGAAGUUUACAGCGAAAGAUACCCAAACUUGCCUUUGGUCUUAUUUUCUUUCGCUUCUUGCGUACAUACGUUGGUUGGCGUUCAAUUGGACAUUGGGGUUGCUUCAGGGUAGAUUAAAAAAUUUCGGGUUCAGACUCGUAGUUGAAGAUUUGCUUUCGUUCGCUGUUGGUGGCUUUCAAUGAUAAUGGAUGGAAGAGUGACGGUUUCUCUUUCAGCGGUUUUGAUGAUCAUGCGAAUGGAUAGCUGGGGCGUGUAUGAUAUUCUGAGGGAGAGUUUCCUAUCUCGUAGCUUAUGAUACAAAAAUUUUAGACAAUAAAAGC